UGGGGUCACAACUAGUGACGCUGGAAUUACAACUCGUUGUGACUGCCCCGCGAUUAACAUUGGUGGAUAUUAUGUUCAAGUAGAUCAGGUCGAGGAAGUGCUUCAUUCUAAAAGUUCACCUUGGAAAUAAGUCGCAUUUUGUUUCGUUUAGCAUUCUACAAUAGAUACAUGUCAUAGUUUUCAAUAUGGUGAAACAAGAACAAUGACAUUUGAGUUCUAUGAAACAGGCUGAGCUGGUUAGCUUUGAAUAAUUUUGUGUAACGGUUUAGUCGUGAGUAUAGAGUGACAAAGACAUACUUUAACAUGCCAAUCAAUGUCUAUAUUUUGAUAUUGAUGCUGGUGUGUACGAAUGUCUUGUAUGGCAUGAAAACGACAUGUGUACAAAAUACAAACCUGAACAGCGAACUGAAGGUAGCCCUAGGACCAUACUACUCACUACUGAUCACAGCAUACUGGAGAUAUUUAACCGGACCCUGUGAUGUGCUCACCGCCCGGCUCUCCAGUGACCUAGCCACAGGCUAUCUUAGGUCUUUCUGUGCUCAUGUAACCCAAUGUCCAGAAAAGUCCAGCUGUCUGUCUUGCAGUGCCAGUCAAACUGUAGUACACAUUCGCAAGGCCUGUUGUAAAGAAACAAGCUGCAGGUAUGGAACUGUUUUCCCUACUGCUAAAGUUGUCGGCGGACAGAGAGCAUUCCGUGGAGAGUUCCCUUGGAUAGCCAUGCUCUUGAGUGAGGGGACAUUUCUUUGCGGGUGUGUCAUCCUGGACAAAAGUCACGCCUUGACAGCUGCCCAUUGUUUUGACAGACUUGAUAAUAAGCCAAACAUUGAAGUUCUAGCUGGGAGAUAUCAGUAUGAUCUGCAAAUAGCUGAGGCGGGAAAUCAACGGGUCAAGGUCAAGUCCUACGAAAUUCACGAAAAGUACAGAGUUGAGAAUGUUUCCAAUGAUAUCGCCAUCUUGUUGUUGGCCACUCCAUUGGUUUUCAACACGUUCGUCACGCCAGUUUGUUUACCAAGAAAAGAAGACCAGCCGGAACAAGUGUGUACAGUGGCUGGUUACGGAUACGUCAAUAGACGAGAGCCACCAGAGGUUCUGAUGAAAGUCGACCUGACAACCUACAAUAGCACACAGUGUCUCCAAACCUUUCAACCUACUUCUAAACCUACUGGGGCUCUAGCCACGUUCCUUUCGAAUGGGACACUUUGUGCGGCCAAUGAGCUCCAGGGAGGGAAAGACACUUGUUUGGGCGACUCCGGUGGUCCACUCAUGUGUGCCAAGUCUAGUAACGAUGUGCCCAGGUAUUAUCUUUUUGGUCUCGUCUCCAACGGCGGUGACUGCGGUAAGGCAGGUGAGCCUGGCAUCUACACCAACAUCGUACACUUCCUGGACUGGAUUGAGACAAAACUGAAACGGAAAUAGUUGCAGUCACGUGUGUGCCUUGUGUGUGAAACAAGGUUCACUUGUAUUCAGGAGGAAAGUCAAACUGAACAUUUACAAUAUUACAUUAUCAAGUUUUAAUCAUUGCAGUGUUUAUACAUAUAAGCUCAGGAAUUUAUUCAAUUAAGAUAAUUAUAAUCCUAGAAAUAAAAUUCUUAUCCUAGACAUAGAAGAAUUUAAUCCUAGGUAUAUCACUAAUUUAAUCUUAAUCUUAGAUUAUAAUUGCACUCUUUUACUGUAUAAAAUAUCUGUUUAAUUGUUUUGUCCUCAAUAAAUAGACAGUGGAUGAAAUAAGAUUGUAACGUUAGUCCCAUCGAGUAACUGUUUCUCUUAUUGCUAUACUGGUCAAUUGUGUCUAUUUGUUUCAAGGUGAUGGGUGGAUAUGGGUGGGGAACAGCGGCCAACGUUAGUCCAUCGUUAUAAUAAAUAAACAUUUAGUUUUCCAAAUGUUGUUUACUUCUUCAGCUAAAGUUUGGAAAUAGAAGACAAAAGUAUUAGAGUAUCUUCCCCUAGUAGGACACACCAGUAUCUCUACACUGGGGCGAAAGGGGGAAAUGAAUCUUGUGAGAACGUGUUUGGCCUAGCUAGUCACAGGAAGGCCUUGAGACCGCAAUGGAUUGAAGGCAAAAUAUCAAAUGUUUAAUAUUACCAUAAUUAUCGAAAUAAAGAUGUCUGAUAAUUUGUAUUAUCAGGCUAGUUCGAAAUCUAUGGUAACUUAUCUUGUAAAGUUAUAUAUAUAUAUAUAUAUAUAUAUA